GAUGCUCCUGCACGGAGCCAGCACGGCUGUCCCCAUUGCCACCCCCGCGUCCCCAGGCAGGGCCAUCGCUGCCAGCCGCCCCCAGCCCGUGCAGUGUCCCCGUGUCCCCAGGGCCAGCCCUGCCGGGUCACAGCUGUCCCCAGCCCUGCCAGCACGCUGUCACAGCGUCACCCGGAUCCCCGGGGUGGCGGGGGCAGCUCCGUGUGUCUGUCCCCGUGUCCCUCCCGGCUGGCCCCGCAGCUAAUGAGGGAUGCAGCAAUUACGCGGCCAGAUUGAUUAAACCCUAAAUCAGGGAGCUUUCAAAGGGCCCCGACCUUUCCCACCGGGGCCGAGCAGAGGCUGUGGCACCCAGCUCAGAUGUGUCCCUGUGCCACCCCUGCUCCGUCUGGCGGGGCACGGGGGGGACACCGGGCUCUGUCACCGGGGGAGCGGUGACAGCGCUGCCCCCCUGCAAUGAUGGUUUUGGGGUGUCAGGAGGAAUUCCUGGAGAGGCUGAGAAGCUGCCCAGGAGCUUUGCAGUGCCCAUCCCGGGAGGUGGCACCCGGAGCUCUGCCCUGGGGACAGGGCGCGACCCAAAAGUCAUUCCCAGCCUCCAAAAUUCCGGCAUCCUGUGACACCCACGAGCGGACUCUGGCUGCACCCCGGAGUGCCUGCGACGGCCGCUAGCCACGGAGCGAGCCCUGCUCGCCACCCCACGCUGCCACGUGCUGCUCAUUAGCGCUGUUAAUUAGCCGGGCUGAUUACGGGCGCGGCCAGCGCGGGGGUGGCAGUACGGAAGGGACUCUAAGGGCGUUCUAACAAUGCGGAGCUGUGUCCGGAGGUCUCUUUGCGGCGGGGGGGAUGGCGACAAUGACACGCCGGUGACAACGCCGCCUUGUCGCGCCCGCCCGCGCCGCCCGCCCGCCUCGCUUUGUGGCGGGCGCGCCCGCGCCAACCGCAGAGCCGCGGGCGGCCCGCCCCCGCCGCGCUGCCAUUGGCUAAGAGCCGCGGGGGGCGGGGCCAGCCCGCGGACACGUGUGCGCACCCGGAAGCGGCGGCGGGACCGGCCCGGGCCGGGCGCAGGCCAGCAUGAUCCCGGGGCUGGGCCCGGUGCUGCAGGCGCUGCUGGGGACUCUGCUCACCUGGGCGCUGACGGCGGCCGGAUCAGCGCUGGUGUUCGUGUUCUCCAGCGGGCAGAGGCGGAUCCUCGAUGGGAGCCUGGGCUUCGCUGCAGGGGUGAUGCUGGCAGCGUCCUACUGGUCCCUGCUGGCCCCAGCCAUCGAGCUGGCCCAGGAAUCUGGGACCUUUGGGGCCUUCUCCUUCUUCCCAGUGGCUGCUGGCUUUGCCCUGGGGGCAGCGUUCGUGUUCGGGGCCGACCUGCUGCUGCCAGAGCUGACAAGGCUGAGAACGGGGAGCCCUACCAGAGGAGGAGAGGAGCAGGACCCCCUGUGCCCGAGGGCCCCCCAGCAUUCCUGGCACCCCAGGAUGGAGCCCCCCUGGCCAGGAGCAGCAGCUGGAGGAGGAUUUUGCUGAUGAUCCUGGCUAUCACCAUCCACAACAUCCCAGAGGGCCUGGCAGUGGGAGUUGGCUUCGGGGCCGUUGGGAAAUCCGACUCUGCCACAUUCCAAAGUGCCAGGAACUUAGCCAUUGGGAUUGGGAUCCAGAACUUCCCAGAGGGCCUGGCUGUCAGCCUGCCCCUGCGCGGCGCUGGAUUUUCCACGUGGAAAGCCUUCUGGUACGGGCAGCUGAGCGGGAUGGUGGAGCCCCUGGCCGGGGUUCUGGGCGCCUUUGCCGUGCUGCUGGCGGAGCCGCUCCUGCCCUACGCGCUGGGAUUCGCUGCUGGAGCCAUGGUCUACGUGGUGAUGGACGACAUCAUUCCCGAGGCACAGACCAGUGGCAACGGGAAGCUGGCAUCCUGGACCUCCAUCCUGGGAUUUGUGGUGAUGAUGUCCCUGGAUGUGGGGCUGGGGUAGGGCAGAGCUGCAUUCCCAGGAGGAGACAGCAGAGCCCCGCGCCGCGGGAUCGGGAGCCGGCCGCGCCUCGGCCCCGGACUGGAUCUGUACAUAGAUUUUUGGGAUCUGGUUUGGUGUUGAUUUCCUCUGAUUUUGUAUCUCCCUCUCCCCUCCCAGUUCCUGGCGAUGGUUUCCAAGCACAAAUAUGGGUGGGUCCUCCCAGAUCCUGGUUUGGUUUUCCUCUUGGAAGGGGCCUUGGAUGACGCUGGGCUGGUUUCUCCAAGGAAAAACAUUUGGGAUUUUGAUCCUCUCUGCUCUGUCAGAGGUUGGGAAUACCCUGUCCCGUGUGGAGGCUAGAAAUGGAGUAAGCUCCUUAUGGAGUGUGGAAUUGCACCCUUUUUUGGGAGGUUGAAGGUAUGAGGACUGUGAUAAGCCAUGGGAUCACAGGUCUUCCACAUCCUGCUGCUCCCCGGGAACGCUGCAGGGAAUUGCUUUGGAUGCAUGGGAUAGUCCAGGCAAAUAAAGAUGAAUUUUCUUGGGAUCUCUGCAAGAGGGAAAUGUCUUUUUUUCCUAAAUGUAUCUCCGAGGGGCACUGCUCCAGUGUGCUGUGUCCAAUGCUCCGGGGUUUUCUGUGGGAAAAACACCAGGAAAGGAGGUUUGAGUGUUUUCCAUGCAAUUCCAUGUGGAGCUGCCGGGCCUUCCCAAGGGAUUCUGGAUUUCAGCUGCUGCUGGCAGUGAUCAGAACUCCCUGAAGGGCCAAGCCAGGGUUCUCCUGCUCACCCUUCACCUGCAGGAAGGGCAGGAGCUGAGCCACCACCGGAGCAUUCCGGGAUGAAUGAACGAGUUAAUUAAUCCCUCAGGAUGAAUCAGUUAUCCCACCUGGAGAGCCACAACCACGCAUGGACAUUCCUGCCUCUUCUCCUGAUGCUUCCCAAGCAUUUCUUGUGGAAUGGCUCUUCCUGAGCCCUGAGGAUCGAUGCAGGCUGAGGAGUGAAUCCAUCCCUGUGCCCAGGGAGGAGGGAAUUGCCAGGCUUGGGAGGAUGCUGCAAAUCCCAGCUCGCCCUCGCUCUCAUCUCCAGCACAAAGGGCUUCCCUAAACCCUGCUGUGGGGUCACCUGGGUCACCUGGCUGCCUCCUGCUCUGUCCCUCUGGAAGUGGGGCCGGGAUGUCCCAGACCUGCCUUCGGUCCCACCGGAGCCAAAGGGAACAGGUUGGAAUAAACUGAGCUCUCCAUUUUGUUUUGUCCUUGUUUUUUUGGAUGGAUUUCCUUUGUGUGUCCUUCUGGAUGAUCCCAAGCUCCUGUUUGCCGAUGGGUUUGACCUUUUAACUGUGAUUGCUUUCAAUAAAUGGGAAAUGGAGUUUGCA